UGCCACAGUCACCUUGCUCAGUGUUCACUGCUCAGUGUCUGUUGGGGAGUGAGGCGGUGAGGGUGUGCAUGACGUAAUUGGGCGUCGUAUACUAGUCGAUCCAUUUAGACAAGUGACUAAAGGCGUCUCUUUUAUCAUGCACAACUGACGGGAUCGAGCGUUGCAAGGAAUAGACCCAAGAGGAGUCGCGUUUGGGCAGAGAGUGAAAGUGAGUGCGUGUGGUGUUAGUAUUCUGGAGGAGCGGCGGCGUGCGGUGCGGGCAGGAGAGGAGGAGGCGUGUUCGGGGAAAGGAGCUCCUGGCUGGGGCUCGAGGGACACCUCCUCUGGUGGCGCCGCGACACCUGCCCAGCCCUCGACACACCUGGUGCUUGCUCUUCACUGGCAGUAGUGCAUGGUUUCUAAUCACUGGUUUCAUCGGCGUCUCGUCUGCUUCCGUUCCGUCACCAUCACCUGUCACUGCAUCUCCGUCCCGAGUCACACGUAGAGAGACAAGGCGCACGGCUGAACACACACACACACACACACACACACACACACACACACACACACACACACACACACACACACACACACACACACACACACGCACGCUUUCCCUCGCCACCAGGAACUCCGCGUGGUAUCAGUUCCUUGAUCUCCCUUCACCACCACCACCACCACCACCACCACAAUGAGUAUGGAAAGACUGGGCCCCUCGUCUUCCCGGUAUGUUGACUACACACAGCCGGGGCCGAGUGGGUACCGGGCGCCCCCAUCCGUUAGUAGCUACGAGUACUCACCCCCUCAGCGACCUCCACGCAGAGACAGGAGCCGAUCCAGGUCCAGGGACAGGGAACACUCCAGUAGAAGCGGUUACUCCAGUAGGGAGGUAUAUUACAAUCCUGGACUGGAAGAUGACCGCGCUCCUAGCGACCGUGCCGAGAGUGAGUUCACCGUCAGGAAUGAGGCAGUGAUUAACCCGCAGCUGGAGGAGGAGCGGCGGGCGGCGUCUAGAGCAGCCUCGGAGAUCUACGCCUCCACACGUCUUCCCAGACCACAAUCGGAGAUCAGCAGCCAAUACACGUAUCCCACCAGCGACAAGGUGAGCGUGAAGACCAAAACGACGAGGGGUGGCAAGCUGGUGAUGGAGACGAUGACGGCGCCGCACCCUUGCUGCCCUAACACCCGUAGCGUUUGUUGCCUGAUGGUACUGCUCAACCUUGGGCUCCUGCUCAUCACCCUGGGAUUCGUGGUGGUGUUACAGCUCUACAACCCUGCCUUCGUAUGGUACAUCGGUCUGUGCAUGCUUAUCUUUGGCUUCAUGGUGCUCUUCGGCUCGCUCAUCUACUGUGUGUUCGUGUGCCGGGAGGUGGAGAAGAUGAGACCACCGCCGGGUGAACUGUACUGGACCAACCACUGGACCAAGACGCUCAACAUGCCGGAGAUCCACUACACCAACACACAGUACAAGCCAAGUGACUACAAGGGGUCAGAGUACUCUUUCAAGACUGACCCGAGUAGGACCACAGCCACCAACAGCCAGCGCUACUGAAGACUCGAAGAGAUCGUCAUAACGUUUCUUUCUUUUAGAUUUAUAUGGACUUGAAUUAUUACUCUUACGUGAUAGACAGGUCGAUCCAUGAAGGGAAAUACUGUUAUACGUACUGAUAAUGUGUAAUGUUUUUUCCACUCCAUGUGCGUCAUUAUGGCCAGGUAUAUGAAUUAUUAUUUAGAUGCAGCUACUUCACCCUGAAAAAUGGAGUUUAUAGAAAAAAACUGCUCCGUUAUAUUCAGCUUUCGAAAUUCCAUGUUCUUUCUUAGGGAAGAAUAAUUAACGUUAUGUCCUUUGCGGCACUCCGUCUUUUGGCACCACGAGUAUCCUCAUGGCCUCGCAGAUCAACCACAAAUUUAAUGCAAGAAUUUAAUUUAGCGUACCUUUAGGAGUGUGAGCACAAGCCUUUAUAUCGUAUGAUGAUAUCACUUCACUAAAAAGUAACGUAAGCCAUUAACAAAUUUAAAAAGUGAACAAUAAUCAUCAGUGAAGCGUCUCUGGUUGAAAGAUUCUUCCUGAGUCUCGACAACGAGCCUGAGCCGGAACUUGAUUAGUGUCCACAGUCCAGUCUCUGCCGUACAUCAUGACAAAUAUAUUGUUCAGAGGUAAUUCAUAUGAUUAAGACCAGUGUUAUCAGAGAAAAACGUGGCGUAAGUGUCGGUCUGUGUCAUUGAUCUAUGUUCAUACUUAUAUAGUAACACUCAUGAGGUGGCAACUCAGUCAACUGCAACAAAAUGUCAGACUCGGUUAUAGUCAAUCUCCAUUAGAAUGAUUAAUCUAUGUGGUCCCUCUUAACUGAUCAAGGAAAUAUUUGACUUAGAAAAAAUUGCAUAUGAUUUUGAUGCAAUUAUUACCUUCAUUUUGUUGAUAUGUAUAAACUAAUACGUAAUGUUCAUGUGAUCCGCUGAGGCUCCGACCGUCCGACGUCUGAGCCUCGUUUGAUGUUUAGGAGACCGCGAGACUGUAAGGCGUGUGCUGUGAGUCGAGUAUAGAUUUGUGAUAUCUCACUUUAAACUAUCUUUUUGUGCCUACAUGCUCUCGUCCUGCGCAUGUACUCCGUGCCACGUGCACGUGAGAUCACUGUGCUCUUAGACUUUGUUGUGCACCAUCUAGAGGCUGUUCACGUGCUAGCAAGACCGUGUGACUGUAACAGGUAUAGGAGCUCUGUGACCCAAACACUACCAGAACAAUACAGCUGGUAUUUCUGAGGUAACAUGCUAGAAAAAGAAAACACGCUUAAUGAUUCCAUUCCUUUUAGUUGCUGCUGAUAUACGAGUACAUGUAAACUAAGGGAAGAAGCAAAAGGUCAUCAGUGUGAUUGACAGUCAGUCAUAGUGUGACUGUAUUCCCGUGUCCACCAUCAACUUUCUCCAUACAUUUGCUGUGUAUCGUAAAACUUAUCACUGGUUUACAAAUAGAAAGCAUUAAAGUGAGUAUUUUUGGACACCAUCCAUUAUUAGUGAAGCAACUUUUUAUCAUUAGUAUUGCUUACUUCGAGCACCCGUGGCGGCAGGUAAGGGAUAGGUGUGCCUGGCCAUGGGUUGCCAUGGAAUGACAGGUGUUUUUAGCAGAGCUGGGGUUAUGGGUAUUUGGGUCCAGAAGCUACAGUACCUCAGUUCACAGGUCCCUUGUGCCAAUGUUUCAGUAAGCUGCAUCCUCUGUCCAUUAAAUUCUUACCUAUUUCAUUGUGCAUGUCUUGUGGCUCAAGUUAUUACAUAUUAUCUUAAAGCUGCCUCCAGGAUAUUUUUGUGCUCAUACAUAUUUUUUUUUUAUCUUCAACCACUUUAUAUAUGCUUUCUUGCAUUAACUUAUUACUUAAUCAUCAAAACUGUCAAGAAUGUAAGCAUCAUUAGCUUUAAUGGAAGUCUGCCUCAGCCCAGAGUGAUGGCAUGCUGGUCGAGCAGUGUGCCUUUCUGUAAGUUACCUAAGUUGUUCAGCUGCUGUGUAUGCACAUUUCUGUAGCCAAAUGUUUGUUAAAGCUGUGUGCAAUUCGUAUCGUAUUUACGUUGAGUUCUGUCUGCAGAUUGUUAAGUUCAUUGGGUUAAUCAUACUGUUAAUUCAACUCUUAGGAACUCUGAAUUCCUUAUUAAUGGGCAUUGCUUUGCUGAACUUAUUCUUUUUAUCUAUUUGAUUGUAAGAAAUGCUGGUCUUUCUCUUUUGAUCAGCUUCUCUACAUGCCAGGGGUUGUGGUGGCGUAUGACAGCAAAGAAAUGACCUAUCAGUAGAGUAGUAGUUUUUUUUUUGUGUUUUUUAGAAUGCUGAAAUAUACUACCUAGUCCACUUUCCUGGUGCAUUUAUUGACAUUAUAAUACAAGAUAAUAUGAUUGUCCUCUAGUUAUGAAUUAACUAACUAAUUCCAAAUGAAGACAUGUAAGUUUUCUAGAUUCAUUACAAUGGAGGAUACAAAAUAAUUUGUUUUACAUUUUCCAAGAAAUGACCAGUAAUAAGGAAAUGUUCCUGAAGAACUUUUAAAUUAAGCAUAAUAUAGGUUUAAUAUGAUUUGUAAAGCAAUGUUAAUUAAAUGUGUGCCAGGAUGAUUUAUGAACCCUUUUGUAAGGAUGAAAAGAGUGGAACUAUUUAAGCACACUAACAUGACACUAUAAACUGUGCAAUCAUUUUUCAAAUGUUAGAAUAUUGGAAGAAGGUAAGAUCCUGAACACACUUCAUGUCAUGCUUUUUCCUAGAAUAUUUAAAUCCAAUGCAUUAAUAUUAUUACUUACUUACUUAGAGAUAUUUGCAUUUCUUUGAUCAUUUGCAGGACCAACAGAUCACCUAGUCACACACAUAAGGAUCUGGACAAGGGCUGAACAUUGAACUGUAUGUACUAUUAUCAUAUGUAUAUGUUCUAUUGAAAACUGAUUUGUUCAGUUUAUGAGUGUUAUGUGCAAGGAUAUCAUUGCAGAUCUUAUUUUUCUUAUUCUGGUAAUUAUGAUCUUGUGCCAUAUAUUUGUUUCAUAUUCUAAUGAUUUCAUUGCUGCAAUAUAUUUUUUCAUGUUAUUAAAGUGUCUAUGAUAAUAUUUGCAUGUAAAAUUUUGUUGUUUUGAAGUUAUGCACUUGAAAUGCAAUUAAUAUGCAAGGUGGAAAGAUCAAUGGAUAGAAAUGUUAGUAAACAAUCAGUAUGAGCAACUAAUGCUCAAUGAAAGGAGGUAUCUUUUAACUUGAAAUUUGUGAAAAAUUAUUUUUAUACUUACUCUAUUUUGGUGUAUGAUAUUGAUUAUUACACUUUCUGUAUAUAUUUUUUAAUGCAAACUCUAUUGCAUGUAAUGCUUAUGUAAAUAUAUUACAGUAACAUUUU